CUCACACCGAUUUUAAAAACCUUCGCCGCGUCAUUGCUUUCGUUUCUUCUCUUUUUCACGGUUGCUUUAAUUCCCAAUGGCAUCAUCGUGAUCUCCUCCGUCUUUCCCCCAAUUCUUCUCAAAAACCCUAAUUUCUCAAAACCUAAUAAAAUUAAAUAAAAAAACCUCACUUUUCUUGAUGGGUCGCGGCUCAGUGACCUCUCUAGCUCCUGGGUUCCGUUUCCACCCAACGGACGAAGAACUCGUUCGCUACUACUUAAAGCGCAAAGUCUGUAACAGACCCUUUAAGUUCGAUGCAAUCUCCGUCACCGAUAUCUACAAAUCCGAGCCAUGGGAUCUACCAGAUAAGUCGAAGCUUAAAAGUAGAGACUUGGAGUGGUACUUCUUUAGUAUGCUUGAUAAGAAGUAUAGUAACGGUUCGAAGACGAAUCGUGCCACUGAGAGAGGGUAUUGGAAGACGACUGGGAAGGAUAGGGAGAUUCGUAAUGGCUUGAGGGUUGUUGGGAUGAAGAAGACUCUUGUUUAUCAUAGGGGUCGUGCUCCUCGUGGUGAGAGGACUAAUUGGGUUAUGCAUGAGUAUAGGCUUACUGAUGAGGAGUUGAAGAUUACUGGUGCGCCACAAGAUGCGUUUGUGCUGUGUAGGAUUUUUCAGAAAAGUGGCACGGGACCUAAGAAUGGGGAGCAGUAUGGUGCUCCUUAUGUUGAGGAGGAGUGGGAAGAGGAUAAGAUGACGUUUGUACCUGAACAAGAUGCUCUUAGUGAAGGUUUGGCUGUUGAUGAUGAUGUUUAUGUCGACAUUGAUGACAUUGACGAGAAGCCUGAGAAUCUGGUGGUAUAUGAUGCCAUUCCUGUUCAACCUAAUUAUUGUCAUGGAGAAUCAAGCAAUAAUGCUGAAUCAGGAAACUAUGAAGACUCUGGAAAUUACAUUCAACCAGGAAACUAUGCUGUUGACUCCGGUGGUUACAUCGAACAGCCACUUGAAGCUUUUGAAGAGGAUCAGAAGCCUAUCAUUAGGGAUUGUAGCAUUCAGCCGUGUUCUUUGUUUCAGGAUGAACAAAUUAGCUGUGGUGUGCAAGAUGAGAACGCGGAGAAUAUGGAAACUUCCAACAAUAUUGUGUUUGGGGCUGAUUCUUGUUACAGUGACAUUCCUAUUGAAGCCAACUAUCUGCCUGACGAGCCAUUCAUGGAUCCUAGCAACAAUCUUUCACUCAGUGAUGAUCAGUACCUGGAAUCAAAUGAUCUUAGCUGUGCCCUACCAGAUGCUUUUAACUUUGAAGAUUAUCUUAACUCCUUUGACGAUGAGGACACUCAGAAUUUGUCUCUUGACGUUUCUCAAUUGUUGGGAUCUGAAGAUACCCUUCUUAACCAAGAAGGCCUCCACCAGAGACAGCCUUUCCCUGAGGAAUUGGAGGAGAAGGUCCCAGAAGACAAAGAGGUGGUGGAGAGAAAGGAAAGUGGCGAAGGAUCUUCUUCUAAACAAGAUGCAGAUGUCACAGACUUCGAUUCAGAUUCAAAGUACCCUUUCCUCAAAAAGGGGAGCCACAUGUUUGGAGUUCCACCUUCAUUUGCUUCCCAGUUCCAAACAAAGGACGCUGCAAUUCGGCUACACGCAGCUCAAUCGUCUGGUUCGGUUCACGUUACUGCGGGUAUGAUCAGAAUAUCAAACAUGACUCUAGCAGCGGACAACAGUAUGGGCUGGGCAUAUGACAAGAACAGUAACCUCAACGUGGUUCUUUCUUUUGGCUUGGUCCAACGAGAUGAUGCGAUGAGUACCUCUAGAAACAAGACAGGAGAAACAACUGCUGUGUUGAUCUUCAUGUGUUUAUGGGUUCUCUUACUCUCUGUUAGCUUCAAAAUAGUAAACAUGGUCUCUGCUCGGUGA